AUCCUCGCUCUCUCCAUCUGGGGCUGAAACUUGAAUUCAGUUGAGGACACGAUAACCAGAACACGUUUCUUUGUCUUGUUUGUGUUUUUCGAGUGUGAAACUACUGAGAAAAGAGUUUCUCAAACAACUAUUUCUCAAGCAAGGCACAUUUUACCGAGAAACAGCACUUAUAUAGUGGCAGAAUAUUCUACAAAGCAACGCAAUGUCUUUUAUGUUAAAACACAUGAUAGGAGGGCAACUGAAGGAUCUUACCGGCGGUCUUGGGGAAGAAAAACCCGAAGGUGAGAAGUCAGAAGCGUCCGGCAAAGGAAUGACUCAAGAAGAGUUCGAGCAAUAUCAACAACAGUUGGCGGAGGAGAAGAUGGAGAGAGAUGCCAGCUUUGCCCAGAAGAAAGCCGAACGUGCCACAGUCAGGAGCCAUUUCAGGGAAAAAUAUCGUCUUCCGAAAAGUGAGUUGGAUGAAACGCAGAUUCAGGCAGCAGGAGACGAUGUGGAGCUGCCCACCGAGCUGGCCAAGAUGAUCGCAGAGGACAACCAGGAGGAAGAGAGCAGGCAGUCUGUCCUGGGCCACCUGACCAACAUCCAGAACGUAGAUAUGGAUCAGAUUAAAGAAAAGGCUCAGAGUACCCUUGAAGAACUCAAACAUUCGGCGGAAAAAUGUGAGGUUAUGUAG